GGGGGGGCUGGUUGUUGUUUCCACUUUCUCUUCUCCGACUCGGAGAGGUGAGAGCGUUGGGCUGAGAGGGAUUUUACUCCAAGAGAGAACGAAUAACAAAGAAGCAAAAACUUGAGAGGAAAUUCCUGGAAAGAGCUGCACAUCUUUCCAGGGUUUUUCUGAAGGCAUUUUUAACAAAUUUGAGGAGAAAUCAUCCUUAAUUCAAGCUUCUUUAAGAGCAUGUUGGGAGCAAAUGGCAAACAUCACUGACCUCUGACUACGGGGUUAUUUUGAAAGGAUUUAACUGAGGAAUAUUCCUGUUUUCCUGCUUCCUGCACAUAAGUGAGGGGACUUUCUCACAGGAAUUUCUGAAGAUCUGAAACUGAAAUUGACUUAAAAGCAACAGAUUAUUCCUCAAAAAAGUCUGCACAUCUUUCAAACUGACUUUAAAAAUAGAAAAUAGGAAUAUUUAUUUUUCUUUUAAUUGAGAUAGAAUCAAACAUUUGUGGUUGUUCUGACACAAAUUUGCACUACUCAUGUAUUUGUGAGUCAGAUACGAUCAAUCACUAUUGAUUAUUGGUCCUCGGGUAGAGUAAAGAACUGCCAAAUCAAUUAGCCAAUCCUGAUUAUUUACAGGCUGAGGGUGAGAUUUAAAGAUGGCUCAGAAAGAAGCAGGAACCCAGCAAGGCAGAGUUAAAACUGAGGACAAUGUGGGGGCCAAAGCCGUGGCUGGAGGCCUGACGGCGGGCGGAGGCGUGGUGGUGGAGGUCCGGGAGAAGAAGGGACCCCUGAGGGCUGCGAUACCCACAAUGCCUUUUCCUCUGGCGGUCAUCUGUCUCUUCCUGAACACCUUCAUACCUGGGCUAGGAACCUUCAUCUCGGCCUUCACGGUUCUGUGUGGAGCUCGCAGCGAGCUGAUCUCAGAACGAGGCGUCUGCUGCGUUUUCUGGCUCAACGUGGCUGCAGCCUUCAUCCAGAUCCUGACAGCCGUCAUCAUGGUCGGAUGGAUCAUGAGCAUCUUCUGGGUGGACAUGGUCAUCCUGGCAAGUCAGUGGCUGUCCAGCUCUGGUUAUCACACUUGUUUUCUGCUCCCUCUCUUUUUUUUAUUUUGCUCUUAUCUGCCUUUUGUUUGUUUGUUGAUCCAGAUGUGUUUGUUUCUUAUAGCAUGAAAAUCUAAAAAUGAUAUAAGAAAACAUUCUCUGGUGUUGGUUCAUUGUGCUGCCAUUUAAACUGCAUCCAAACACAAACCACGUUUUUGCUUAAAAAAAUAUUACAUUUUAUUCCACUAAAAAUAUUUUUUUUACAGAUUUGUUAUAUGAAAGAAUAUGUUUGCUUUGAUAAAUAAAAAAUAUUUACAUACUCACAGUAAAGAAAAAACAUGAAAUAAUAGAUUCUAUUAAAAUUUUUAACUUUAUAUUUAUUUAGAAUAAAAUAUUUUAUACCCGACCACAGCUUUAUAGAUAUUUGCUGGUAUUUUCAUGAUUUUUCUAAAUUAAUUUAAUUGAGCAUUGCAUAAAAAAGUCAAGAAGAAUAAACUAAUUUUACAAAUAGUAAUUCUUUUUUUUUAUUGGAUUUAAACAAAAAAAAAAACAGAUUUUACCGAUAUUAGCCAUUAUUUGAAAAAAGUAUAACAAGGAUUGAAAAUGUUUUUUUUUAAUUUUACAGAUUUUUUUGCUCAUUUUGUCCAUUCACAUCUUUAGUGUAAAAUCACACUAUAUUUUCUUUUAAAAAAUCCCUAUCAUUAUCUUACAUGUAUUUGCACUUUAUUUUUCCUUUCGCAUCUCUUGAACGUUGCAGCGGUUCAGCGUUUAACAUAUUUUCAGUAACGAAACUGCAGGAUUCUGCAAAGAAGUGCCUUAAUUAGUCGAGUUUGUUAUGAUUUAAUGUGAUUUUUUUCUUAUACAUUUGUCACAAUGUUGCUGUAAAACUACUGAUUUAGUUUCUAGUCUGUAUUUGAUCAUAUUGAGUUUUUACACUAAAUUUGACUUCAUCAGCUUACAUGUAUUUGCACUUUUUUCUUUUACGUCUCUUGAAUGUUGCAGCAGUCCAGCAUUUGUUAGCCUUCUUGUUUUAGUAGCAAAACCACAGGAUAAUGUCAGAUCUAUCCUUCAUGUUUUGCAUUGCAAAAGAAGCAAUUUGCAGCUCUGGAACACAAAAAACUAGUUUCAAGGAUUUUAUGCGGUCCCUGUGGAAACGGCAGAUUAAAGGAAGCAGCAGCAGAGGUAGAUGCAGGAACAGAGAUGGAGAAGUUCAGUAAUUCUGCUGCCUUCUCUGUCAGAAAGCAACAUCUUUCUUUCUCCUGCGGCGUGAACAAACACUGACAUACAUGCACGUGCACACACGGAGUCACAGUUGUCUCGUUGCAGCCUUUGAAUCACCACCGCUGCCUCCUUUGUGUGCACGUCUGAGUGUGUGAGGUAAUUGGCGCCUGCAAGCCAAAGUGUGUUGCACAAGCAUGUGUGUGAUGUGUGUGUGGUACAGUGUGUGUCGUGUGUGUGGGAGUGAGCGCCCCCCAGUGUGUUUCUGUUCGCUGCUGCUCAGGCCUCCAAGCUUCACGUCUUCUUCUUCGUCUUCUGCUGAAACCGAUAUUGCUGCUGUUGAAUAUUUACUCCGAAAUCCCCGUUUGCUCAGAAGAUCGAUUAUUAUUCCGGCUCCAUGCAUCAGUCCAAGCUCCAAUUCCUGCAAUAAAUCACUGCUGGAUUUACCUCUAAUGAGCCCAUGUUGCAUAUAAUCAGAGUAUUGUUUCUUCUUCCGUCUAAUGAUCUCAGUAUCAUCUGCCUCCCACUGAUCCGCCUCCAUCUAAUCACGGCUCCUCUUGUACAUUAUCCUCCCCGUCUCCUCUUCUUCUUCACUUCUUACUCCCCCUCUCUUCCCUCCCCAUUGAUCCUGCAAACCAGGGUUGUGUUUCUGCAGCCGUCUUCAUCUGAUCAUGUAAUUUAUCCGUAUCAAAAGCGAGGUCACUUCAUAAUGUCGGGGAAAAUGUGAAAUCUGUGAAUCUAACUGCCUCCUUCUCUUGUUUGUUUUUUUCUCUCCACUUCCUCCAUCGCCCAAGUUUCUAACGGCUGCAGAGAACAGGGAGUUCCUCAGGAUGUCUGAGAGACGGCGCUCUAACGAUGGACAGUUUGACCUCUUUGACUUCCUGAAGCUGAACCGUAGCGGCGACCAGAAGGCAGAAAAAUGGCGAAUCACGUGACUGGUCUCUAUGGAAACCUCUGAGUGCUUGCUGCUGAUUGGCCGGGCCGCAUUCUUAAAGGGACAGGACGUGGACAAGAGACUUAAACUGUACAGUCGGUGGAGAAGAAAAUCAACGUCUUUGUAGUCUGUCACGUAAUUAUGACGGUGGUUUUUUUAUAUUUUUUUUAUUUGGUUUACUUACCAAACUAAAUAUAAACUGUAUAAACUUUUAUUGUUGAGCGGACAGAGCAAAUGAAAAACGAAGGACAAUGUACCUGCAUGUGAUAGAACUGAAAGAUUGCUUUGAUUUCUGUACUUUUGGCUUGUACAUUUUCUCACAAUUAGUUGAAAUACUCGAAAAACUGUUGGUGCAAAACAUUAAUCAGCUCAACGAUACAUUACAGGCUACUGAGCCGGACAUUAACUCUAUUUCAAAGCUGCCACUUCACUAGUUUGAGUGUUAAAUAUCAUCGAUUUCAUUGCUAAAGGUGUCAUUUCAAACUUUUUAGCUUUAGCCUCUGGUGUGCUGUAGUGGCCUUUACAUUCCGGUUUGUAACACUGUCACUAUAUUGCUGCUCUGAAAAUGUAAAAUGUGUGUCUUCUUAAUGCUUUUUUGCAAGAUUUAAGGUUCUUGCAUGUUUUAUUAAGCCUCUUUCAGACAUGGAAAACCAAACACCGCUGCUUUAUCAGUCCGUCAUUCAGACACAGGUCACUUUAAUUCCAUUCAUGGCUUUAAUUUUGAACUGCUAUAGUGAUGGAGAGAGGCAUGGUGCAAUAUUAUCAUGCAACUAAGAUUUUACAGAACAUCUAGUGAUGAAUAAUACAUAAAAAAUGCCCUAAUAGCAUAGUUAUUUAACAAACACAGAGGAAAUAUUUCUAAACAGCUGGAAAUAACCAGCUAAACUUCAGCUCCUGCUUAUAAAAACUUAGACUAGUUUUUGUCAAAAGUCCACAGUUUGACCUGCUGUUGAAUCCUGAUCCAACCCGUCUCCGUGUCAUUUAUGAUUAUUAGUAAUUACUGAAGUGCUUAAAAAUGUGCAGCUCAUCUGGAUCCUGCUUCAGGUACUUAAUAAAAUCAGAGGAAAUAGUCCUAAACAGCUGGAAGCAACGAACUAACCUUCAGCUUCAGUCAGUCCAAAUCUGGUUUACAGUCAUUACUAGCGAGUCUCAUUAGUCUGACUCUUUAUUCAUAAUAGUAAAGUAGUAUUUGUCUAGAAAUAGCAAAGCAAACACCAAUGAGGUGUAAUUUUGGCUCACUUUGGGAUCGCCUGGUGUCACAAAAACGUGUUCUAACGUGCAAAGUUACCAAGAUGAUUGAUGAAUUAAAUGAAUUUCUGCAUUUGGCCACUUUUACCCUUAACACAACCAUCUCAUGAGCUAUUUUAAUGUGAAACAACAGCUUUAACAAAAUGUAGAAACAUGAAAAAUUUGCGAAAUGUGCCAAAAGCUAUUCGUGAUACAUCAUUAUGAAAUUAUGCAGUACUGGUGCUGAAAUAUGGAAAAAUUCUUCCCUAAAUGACUUCCCAAAGCUCAGUGUACACUAUAAUGUUCAUGUUUAUCUGUUAAGCUGUGAUAGGCUCCAGCCCUCUGCGACCCUAAUGAGGAUUAAACGUGUGGAUAAUGGAUGGAUGUUUAUCCGUCCAUUCAGCUGCAUGAGGUCACACUUGUGUUGAAAGUAAAAUAUUACUCGAGCCAACCUUGGAAGAUUUUUGCAGAAAAGUGAGCAGAUUUCUUCUUACGACAUGAAGCAGACACAUUUUAGAUGUUUUAAAUGACCAGAAAUAGGUCCGAAUAGGGCUUUAAACACUAAAAGCAUUGCAACGUACAUAAAGGUUUAUAUAAGAUAAACAUUAGAAAUGGAAGAAACAUUCCUCCCUUGCACUUGAUCAUGAAGGACUAAUAACUUGCAAGCUUUUCAUUGUUGCAUGUACAAUAUUUUUUUAUUUCCUGCAACAGUAAACUCAUCUUUAACAUCCUGCUGCUCUGAAAACGUGUGCUUCCCUAAAAUUGCACAGCAGUAUUGAAGUGACUCACAUCACCUAUUUUAAUUUUCAAACCUUCUGGAAUGUGCAAACCGGCGCCCAAGGGGACAUUACACGUUAUUCAAGCUCUGCAUCCAAUUAACAAAUCCCUAAAAUAUCUGCUGUCAUUAUUCGGCAGUUUAGUCACAACACUGUCGGUUACAGAAAUACAGUUACAGUAAUGGUUGGGACUCCAUUAGAGCUUUAAAUCUGAUGAAUUCAUCGUUCAGUCAAAUGUAAGAGCGCAUAUUGUGUGUAUCGAUGUGAGUGUUACAGAUGGAGAAUAUCUGCAGGAGGGUCUUGGGCUAAAACAAGAAGAAAUGCGUAAACACUGGUGACUCACUCAUCUACGUUGCAAUUGUUGAUCCAAACAAGGCCUUUCCCGUGAGACCAAACCAGACUUUCUCUCACUCGCAGCAUCACUGGCCGGUUUCCAUGGAAAAUGUCCAAGAAAAUAUCCAAGAGCAUCAAAAGUCAAACAGCCGGAAACUACAAUCCUCAAACUGUCUAGUUAAGAAGUUCACCGAGUCCAAAUUACUGUAAAUGCAGCUGGAAAAGCCUGAAUGGGAUCCAAUUAUAUAAAAAUGCUGCCAAAAGCACCUUAAAAUACAGACAUUCAAAGAAUUAUUCCUUUUAGGAGAUAUACAAGGAUCCGGUUGGUUGUUGUUCUCCAGAAAUGAGGUUUUAAGGCGGUUUUUAAGCACAGAAAAUCUUAAAGAUCCUAAAAAAUUAUUCAUCUAGUCCAAUACCACUCACUCAGUUUAAGUAUUAUGGAUAAAAUGUCCAUUUUUGAUUGAAAAAAGUCCCAAAUAUGAACAAGAAAUAACCAUUAUCUUAUUUAAUAGCUGUGGAGUUGCAAUUUUGCAUUCAGAAAGAGGAAUAAAGGCUCAUAUUUCAAGCCCAUUUUCACCGUGAAAACUUGAUUUUUAGUCCCAUCUUGGACCAUUAUGACUAUCAUGUAAUUUUUUUUACUUCAAUUUUGUUUUGACUUUUCACUUGUUUUUGGGUUUAAGCACCAAAACCACUUCAUUAGGAUAGGGGGAAAAAAGUCACAGUUUGGGUAAAAAUACUUUCUUUAUUUCACGGUUAAACACGGUUCUGUACAGAAGAAGAUUCAGAAUCUCUGUUAAAGAAUUUGUUUGACUUUAAGCCAGAAUUCUGAGGAAAUUCUAAUUUUAAGGUGGUGUUUCAUUAAAUAAGAAGAUUCACAAUGAGAAAGUCAGAAUUUUUUUAAUUGAUUUUGACAGUUUUUCUUUGAAUUCUGAUUUAAGAGUCUGGCUUUAAAGACAGAAUUGAAAGAAAAACAUCAGAAUUUGGAAAUAAAGUCAGAAUUUUUGGCAAUAAAAAGAAAUUCUGACGUUUAGAAGAAUUUAAAGCCUCCAUUUUGGAGGUUUUCAGGGAGAUUUUUUCCAGAUUUAAGUCUGUUUAUGAGCAAACUAAAUAGUUUUGGUGUCUAAAUUUAACCAAACAUUGACUAAAAAUGUAAGUAAACAUUGAAUUAAAAACACAGAUUGAAAGCAAAAGUCAAAACGAGUUUAAAGUGGAAAAAAUAAAACUCAAAGUAGAAUCCAAGACUGGAUUUAAACUCUGAUCUCUUGCCUGAACGUCAGCAAAUGAAAUGUGGACUUUGUUGCUUUUUAUAGAUGAAAAAUUGUGGAACAAACUCCAUGUGCUUAAUUCACGCUAUGAUUUUACGCUCGGCUUUAUUUGAUUUCGUCUUUUUAAAAAAUAUUAUCUUCAAUAUUUCUUGCCUUUUCCAGAACAUCGCUGUAAAGCCACCUGUUUGUAUGUUCUGACUGUGUAAAUGUUGUACAGUGUUUGUUUGUGAGAAUAAAGACGAUGACGUCUGUGAUGAACUGACUAAUCUUCUCCCACAUCGUGAUGCUGCUGCUGGAUUUCUUUACUUUGUGUAGGUGCUGCAGUGUUUGGAGGAAUACUGAACAGUCGGAAUGGUUUUGAAAUGACGGUGUUGUGCUCAGUGUUUGACCGUAGAAUACACAGUGUUCAGUCUUCUUUUCUGCAUGUAUCAUCGAUGUUAACUGGCUGUAGAGACAAACGCGCUGAAUUAGUCGAAGAUUGUAGAUUAACUGUUUGGCUUUGCAGCAGUGGGUUUAAUUUGAGGUAACUGAUGCAAAAAUCCUGCAAUUAAAACUCAUUUGGGUCAUAA